CACGUGCCGGCGGCGGCGGCGUCGCGCUGCGCCGCGCGGCGAAGAUGGCGGCCUCCAGCUGGGCUCGCAAGGCCGUGGUCCUGCUUUGUGCGUCCGACCUGCUGCUGCUGUUGCUGCUGCUGCCGCCGCCGAGAGCCUCCGCGGCCGAGGGCCCGGCGGGGACACCUGGCGAGGCUAGUGCCCCUCCUCGGAAGAAGAAGAAAGACAUCCGCGAUUACAAUGACGCGGACAUGGCGCGGCUCCUGGAGCAGUGGGAGAAAGAUGAUGACAUUGAGGAAGGGGAUCUUCCAGAGCACAAGAGACCCUCGGCGCCUGUGGACUUCUCAAAGAUAGACCCGGGCAAGCCCGAGAGCAUCCUGAAGAUGACCAAGAAGGGGAAGACCCUCAUGAUGUUCGUCACCGUGUCCGGGAGCCCCACGGAGAAGGAGACCGAGGAGAUCACCAGCCUCUGGCAGGGCAGUCUCUUCAACGCCAACUACGACGUCCAGAGGUUCAUCGUGGGCUCAGACCGCGCCAUCUUCAUGCUGCGGGACGGCGGUUACGCCUGGGAGAUCAAGGACUUCCUCGUCAGCCAAGACAGGUGCGCCGACGUCACGCUGGAGGGGCAGGUGUAUCCUGGCAAAGGAGGAGGGGACAAGGAGAAAAACAGAACAAAGCAGGACAAGGGGAGAAAGAAGAAAGAAGGAGAGCCGAAGGCCCGGGCCUCCAAGGAUGACAAUCGAGCCCGGAGUAAGAGGGAGGACUUGUGACAGGCGGCGCUGGCGCUCUGCGGAGCAGCGGGCGGCGCGUGGCUGGGCGGGAGCCGGCUCAAGGUACCAGCCUCGCCCCUGCAGAAGGGGUCUGCCGCACGCCCCGGGUGCGGUCAGCGUGAGAUCCCCGCCCAGCCGCGUCAGGGGGACAGCGGUGUUGCGUUCUCAUCAGCGUUGGACACAGGAUUCACGGUGACUGCACAGUCACCUUCCCCAGGAACUCGGCUGCGGCCCGUCCCCGUUCCGCCCGCCGGGUCGUGGCUGGGGGCCGCCACCUCCUUCGGUACCCCGCUGGGUCCCUGUCCCUUUUCUAGUCACUAACGAGGCAAGCUGGUGAGGUGGGUGGCGGACCCGAGUCAGCCUGUGAGACCCGCUGCGGGGGCUGGGCAGGGGCUGUGGUGGGGGAGCCUGGGGCCCGCAGGAAGUGCAGGCAGCGGAAGCCCGUGUCGCCUGUGCUCUGAGGCUCACUAGAGAGACCUCUCGGUGCUGGCGUGGACGGUCACUCAUCGGCCAUGGUCACGGUCAUGGUGACGGUCACAGUCACGGUCACAGAGUCCUCGGCGGGGCGGGGUGGGGCCCGCUCACCUCACUCACAGUGUUCCUCAAGGCUGAAGUGCCUGGUGCGCGGUGUUGCUGUGCGGUACCAACGCGACGGCUGCUCCGCGUGGCUGCCUCCGCUGCCCCCUGCUGGAGUCCACUCCGAAUAGGAGAGCAUUUGUACACAGGUGUCGUUUUUAAAAUCUACAGUUCUUUGGGGAAAAAAAAGAAAAAAACUUGAGUGGUGCUUUUAAGGAAUUAAAAAUACUCGCUCAUGCA